AUGGCGCGGAGCAGGCGGGGCGGCUUCGGCGGCGGCGGCGGCGGCGUGAAGGUGACGCCGAACCUGGCGUGGGACCGGGAGGGCACGCGGAUGCUCAACCUCAGCGUGCUGCGGCGACUCGACCCCGCCGUCGCCGACAUCCUCAUCACUGCCGCGCACGUCGUUGCGUACAGCUUCGACGAGGGCGAGAGGGAGUGGACCCGGAAGCCUGUGGAGGGGUCGCUCUUCGUCGUCAAGAGGAACACCCAACCCAGAUUCCAAUUGGUCAUCAUGAACCGUAUAAACACAGAAAAUCUAGUCGAAGAUCUCUUGACGGAUUUUGAGGUUGAGGUGCAAGUUCCCUACUUGAUGUACCGUAAUGCUGCUGAUGAAAUCAUUGGAAUUUGGUUCUAUGAUCCACAGGAAUGUCAAGAAGUUGCACAUCUUUUUAGCAGGAUAGAAUAUGCAUAUUCAAGGGCGUCACCCAAGGCAAAUUUUUCUUCCAAAAGUGUAUUUGAAGAACCAGAAGCAGCAUCUGGACGAUAUGCUCUACCUGUAGUUGAAGAUACUCUAGAACAGCCGACAUCACCUACCAUGGAUGAUGACGAUGUUGAAGAGUUCCUCCUAACCCCUUCGAAGGCAGCCACAUGUGUACAUACGAUUGGUGGAACAGGCGCAGUACAACCAAACCAAUCUUUCAGGGCUAUCCCUUCUCCUAGUCAUGGAUCACAUAAUUCUACUGCACCACACUCUUCUUCCCUGCACAGUCUGCUUCCUUCACGAACUUCAUCAGUUACUCUGAAGGCCUUUGAUGCUCAUAGACCCAAUAGCUCUACCACCAUCCAACCUGCAAGUCUUUUAGAUUCAAAACCUCCACUCCUUGCACCGAUGGCUUCUACGCAUUCAACAGUAGCUAAUGCUGCUUCAUCACUGCCUACUGUUCCUCCACUUCAUCCUCCCUUUGCUGACCGGCAACCAAAAAGUGCUCCCUUGCUCCACCCCUUUCCACUACCCACUGUGUCCCCUGUUCCACCAUAUGGCAUGCCCUUGCUUCAACCAUUCCCACCUCCUAAUCCAUUGCCAUCGCUUACCCCGUCAGCAUCUUAUAGCCAGGUGGUAACAAGAGAGCAAGUAGGCGCUGCACUGCUGAGGCUUGCACAGAAUGAUAAUUUCAUCGACAUGGUUUACCGGGAGAUGGCUAAGAGACCGUACCCAUGA